AUGAAACGUGGAUCGGUUGGCAAACCUGCUGCUGGGAAGACACGUGGCGGCAGCAGCGGAAAAUCCAAUCCCAAGGAUUCGUCACGGAAAACUACUGGUUCCGCGCAGCCCGCUAGCCGGCUAGCCGGCAGCAACCGUGGCCGGGGACGCGGGGGAACGGCAGCGGGUCGAGGAGGCAAAGCCGGCGCGAAAUCCCCCAAGCCAGCGAAACCACCGGCUCCGGCGACGGCGGCGGAGGAGGAGGACGUUGAACUGUCCGACGAGGACGUGGCAUUCUUCGCGCAGCACCAGAACUUCGCGCGCUUCCUCUCGGGCCUCGAGGAGCAGCAAUUGGGCAGUGAAACCAAGGGAGCCAAGCCGAAACUGCCUAGACAAGAUCGUGCUGAGAACGGAAGCGAUGCUGACGGUAGUGAGGAUGAUGGAGAGAAGGAGGCUAUUGGUGAUGAUAAGGACUCAGAGGUUUCGGAUGCGAGCGAUGACGAGGACGGGGAUGACGUGGAUGAGGAUGACGUGGAAGAGGACGUGACUGACGAGGAUGAGGAGCUAGCGGACGAAGAGGAAGAGGAUGAAGAUGGAGCAGCGGAUGCGCGGAUGACGGGAGACGAAGAUGAGGAGGACGAGAAGGAAAUAGAAAUGGCGGAGGACGAGGAGGAAGAGAAGGAGGAGGAUGACGAGGAGGAGGAAUUGGAGCCUGUGAUUUCUGAUGACGAGUUUGAUGAUGAGGAUGAGGAGGAGGACGACGAUGAAGAGGAGGAGAAGGGUAACUUUAGCGACGACGACGACGAUAUCGGCGUGAUGGUUUUCGCCGACUCGUCAGCGGCUGGUCUUGGCUCUCUACCCCAGAAAGGCGCGAAAGGCAAGGCGGGGGAAUCGCUCCGAGCGGGCAAAGGGAAGGGUGGAGCGAAGGGGGAUGGGGGGGAAGGGGAAGACGGGGAGGAGGGCGCGGAGGGGGAGGGGGAAGAGGAGUCGGAGGAUGAAGAGGCGGAGUACGAGAGGGGAUCCCGCCGCCCGGGGUGGGCUGCGCCUGCAGGGGUGGCGGGGAAAUUUGCGCCGAAAUCCCGCGCUGCUUCCGCCAGCGCUUCCGCGGGCAUGGAUAGAGACGCGGAGGAGGUUGCGGUGGAAUUGACAGCAGGGGCGGGGGGGGAGAAGAAGGGUUCAAUGCGGGGUUUCGGGCUUAUCGCGGCGAGGGACAAGGGGGUGCUGGUGGAUGCCGUUGACGCUCUGCCGGUUAAAACCCUUGACGGCCGGCUGAUGUUCCGAGCGAUUGAAGUGGCCGAAGGGGCGGAGGUAGAGAAGGGGGAGAAGGGGAGAGAAACGGGUGCGGAGAAAGAGGAUGGGAAGAAAGGGGGGAAAGGGAAGAAGGGGGAGGAGGAAAAGAGAGGUCUGAAAGGAGAGGAGAAGGUUGGGGAGGAGGUCGAGGGCGAGGGCGAGGAGGAAAAGGAAGCAGGGGCCAGGAAGCAACCGAAGGAUGCGUCAAAGCUUACUCUGCAAGAGCAAGCCAUGAUGGAGUUGCAAGAGGAGAUGUCGGUGGAGGAGCGGAGGGCGGCAGUGAAGAAGGCUAUAGCGCGGAUGAGCACGCAGAUUCUCGCUGACCCCGAGACGCACAUCGGCAUGUUGAAGUCGCUGCACAAGCUGUGUUUGGACCUGGACGCCAUUGUGGCCAGCCUCGCAGUUCUCUCCCUGACAGCCGUGUUCCGGGACAUCAUCCCCGGGUACCGCGUGCGCAUGCGCUCGGAGAAGGAGCGCGCGAUGGUGAUGAGCAAGGAGGUCAAGAAGCGCUGGCUCUUCGAGGAGGGUCUGCUGCAAUCCUACCAGUCAUUCGUCAACCUCCUCCUGAAGCACGCCAAGCAGUCAGCGCGCCGAGCCGUGUCAGUGCGUGCAAUGUGCGGACUGCUGCGCGCCGCCCCGCACUUCAACUGCCGGUCGGAGCUCGUUCGCGCAAUCAUUCCGCGCAUGGACCUUGCAGACGACAGCAUUAGCUCCCUCUGCUGCAACACCAUAUCGGAGUUGAUGCGGGAGGACGGCAGGCACGAUGGAGAGGCCACAGUGGAGGCGGCGGAGCUCGUUGCUGACUUCAUCCGCCAGCGCUGCUGCGUCACGCGCCCUCAGGUGCUGAUGGUAUUCCACCCCCUUGAGUUCGACGACGAUCUGCUCCAAUCCGCGGAGGGCCGCGCAGCCGGGGGACCGCGCGGAGGCGCAGCGCGGAAAGCCACUUGGGGCGCGGGGGGAGCAGGGGGAGCGGCGGAGGGGGAGGAGCAGCAGGCGGGAAAACCCAAGUCCAAGAAAGAGCGGAAGCUGGAGAAGCGGAAGGAAGCCGCGCGGAUGCGGAAGGAGGUAGAAGGGGACUUUAGAGAGGCAGAGGCAGUGCGGGAUGAGUCCACGCGAAAGCAGCAGCAGGCGCGGGUGCUAGCAGCCGUGUUCGAAGCGCUUUUUAGAGUAGUUAAAGCCGCGGCUAUGCUGCACCAGCCGCGCCCCACAGACGGGUCCGGCGCGCUCUCCCUUCCCCCGCGCCCACUGCUCCCCUCCGCGCUUUUCCUGAUUGGCCACUUUUCGCAUCUGCUGUCGGUGGAGUAUUUGCCGGAUCUGCUGUCCACGCUGCGCCAGCUGGCUGCUGACGUGGCGACGCCGUUGGACGGGGACGAUGAUGACCUGGCAGGAGGAUGGGGGGAGGAUGGGGGGGAAGCAGGGGGAGGAGAUGUGGGGAGGGGAGGGGAUGUGGUGACGUGGGAAGGGGGAAGGAGGCGGAAAUUAGGGCUUAGGUUGGAAGAUCGAUUGACGUGCUGUGUGGUGGCGCAGAGGGUUAUGAAGGCUAAUCUAGAUUCACUGAAUGUGGACAUGCGCGGGUUCGUGACACUCGUGUACCAGAUGAUUCUCGAGGCGCCAAUAGUCCCCGCACAAGUCGCUGCCCUCUCGUCAGAAUCACCCUAUGCAAAAGCAUCCUCGUUAAAAGCGGCCUCGGAGGAAGGGGACUCGUUAGAAGAGGAGGUGAUCACGCCAGGAGGUAGCGCGAUAUCCUCGUUAGAAGCAGCCCUCGUAUCCGCGUUACAGGAGGUGUUCAUGUCGUCGGGUCACAGACAGGCGGACAUGACUCGCUGUGCUGCGUUCAUCAAACGGCUCUCCGCUGCUGCUCUUCACCUCUCUGCUGCUGGGGCUGUUGCUGUGCUGCUAGUGGUGCGGCACCUGCUGCUGCGCUAUCCCCGCUGUAGAGUGCUCUUAGACAAGGACCCUGACGACGAUCUGCACGCUUCAGGGGGCGGCCUUGGCCCCUACGGCGGCCUAGCGGACCCUGAUGACGAUCUGCACGCUUCAGGGGGCGGCCUCGGCCCCUACGGUGGCCUUGCGCGCUACGACCCAGCAGCAUCGGAACCUGAGCUCUCAGCAGCCCUCACAUCGUUCCUCUGGGAGUUCUCCUCAUUUUUCCCUUCUUUUUCCCCUGCUUCGCCUUCUCUCCUCUCCUCAUUUCCCCCUUCCCCUCUCCCCCCCCUCCAGCGCUACGAUCCAGCAGCAUCAGAGCCAGAGCUCUCAGCCGCCCUCACGUCGUUCCUCUGGGAGCUCUCCCUUCUCGCCCGCCACUACCACCCGCACGUUGCCAGCCUGGCGCGCCACGUCAGCACCAUUGCCACGUCACCCUCUGCUGCUGCCGCCACCGGCAAGCCAGCUAAGGGGGUUGCUGAUCCGUACCAGAAGGGGCAGCCGCAGAAGCAGCAGCAGCAGCAGCAGCAGCAGCAGCAGCAGCAGCAGCAGCAGCAGCAGGAGGCAGGCGGUUCAUCAGGUGGUUUUUCAGGUGCUACUGAUCUGCUGCUCCUAGCUGGUAUAGUGAACAGUGGUAUUGACAGCCGCAUGAACAGUAACAUGAACAGUGGCAUAAGCACCGUACCAGUAGGGGUGGUAACCCCAUCCCAAGCGUAUGCCGGCUACAGUGGCGCUGUCACUGAAUCGUGCUUUCGGCCAGCUGUCGCGACGCCAUUGGCCGUGAAAUCUGGCGCGGCGGGCGCUGCUGCCAGGCGGUGGCGGAAGGAGGUGGUGCUGGGGCGGAUGAGGCGGAAGCGGGGGAGAGACGAGGGGGAAGGGGGGAAGGACGGAGGGGGGAAGGGAGGAGCAGCGGAGGAGGAGGAAGAGGAGGAGGCAGGGUGGGGGAUGGGGGACUGGGCAAGGAGGGUGCGGGUGUCGUGUUGGCAGCAGUGGGGGGCGGCUAUGAAGGCUGGGGCAGGAAGCAGCAAGGCAGGGAGUGGCAGGAGAGGCGGAAAGGGCAAGAUGAAGCAGCCACAGCAGUUGAAGCAGCAAGUUUCAGUGGAAGUAGGGAGGCAACAGAAAGCAGCUGGCAAUGCUGCUGUGGGAGUGGUGGCAAAGCGAGCCAAGAAGGAUGCGGCCGCUGCCUGA